AUGACAACUGCAAAUCUAGAACCUAUACAGGAGAAUGAUCCAUUGAUAGCCACAGCUGAUCAAGUUCUGGCUUUGAUAGAAUCGUUCAUAGAGCUUGGAGUAUUGGUUCAUGAUAAUCAAGGUACCCAACAAUCUCAUUCAGCAUUAACCCGUAAAACUAAUCAAGUUAUAAGUCAAUUAUCUGGUUUGACAUCUAGUCCAUAUACUCAACAAUAUCCAAUACCAAUCGACGUCUUUUCAUAUAUAGAAGAUGGAAGAAAUCCAGAUAUCUAUACUAGAGAAUUCAUUGAAGUUACUGCGAAAAGUAAUGCUAGAUUAAAGGGGAAGAUGAAGGGUUUUUCAAAGCUUAGAGAUAUUUUGGGUGAUAAAUUGGUCAAUGAAUUACCUCGAUUAGCUGAAAGUAUAGAAGAUAUUAAAAGAAGAACGAGUGGUGAGACAAGUUGA